AUUAUUGAAGAAGAAGAAGUUGGGAGUGGACACCCAGUAAAGAUACUGUUUGUGGCUUUGAAAUAUCUGCAUUUAGUUGAUUUCCCGAAUUUGAAGGGACUAUCAAAUAAGCAAGAGAGUAGUAAAGAAGCAUUCCCAAAUCUCGAAGCUCUAUGGAUUGAGCGCUGCUCUUUAUUAAUACUGCCACCACUCUCAUCCCUCCAAAAGUUGGAGAGACUAGCAUGCCAUAGCUCAACUUUGGGUUUAUUAUCUGAGCACGGCAUUCCUAGAAAUCGGUGGAUUGAAAUUGAGGAGAGCCUAGCAUGUUUCCCGAUAGAAAUGCUGGCAAAAUUGAGUAAGCUCCGAACAUUGGUAAUUCAUAAAGCGAAAGAGAUCUCUGUGACAACAGAAGGUCUGCAAGUCUUAAAAGAGCUUAAACGUUUAUGUUUAAACAAUUGUGAGAUAAUGAGAUGUUUAACACAAGGGAUGUUGCGGCACCUUAGUUCUUUGGAGGACCUCGCCAUAUGGAACUGCCCAGAAUUACUAGAGUUGCCACAGGAUAUUAAACAUCUCCGUAGCCUGAAGUUCCUCACGCUAUAUGAUCUUCCCAAGAUGACGAGCUUGUCUCAAGCCAUUGAGCACCUCACUAAUCUACACCUAGAGGAUCUUCCUGAGCUGGAAUCACUCCCAGAUCAGCUACCAUCUCUUACUAGACUCGUUGUUGUAGACUGCCCAAAGGUUGUAUCGAUUCCAGCUCUGCCAAAUCUGAAACGGCUAACAGUCCGUGGUUGCCCACACCUGGAAAGGCGUUGUCAGAGAGGAAGUGGAGAGGAUUGGCACAAGAUUGCCCAUGUUCGCAGCAUCAAUAUUUCUUCAAAGUGAAGAAGAUGUACCAGAAAUAGCUUUGGGGAAAGUAUAUGAAGUAGUGUUGGAUCAACUUUGAAAUGUUGGCACAGAGGCAGGG